GACACCGCAAAACCAAAAUAUCAACAAAUCACGUGAACACCUUUUGAAAACAGAUAAGACACUUCCAUCAAGAUACAAAAACACUCUACUUAUAUAAAAACACUCGUAUAGUGUUUUUCUCAAUAUACUAUCCAUGAAAAAGCAGUCAAUGAUCUUCAAACAGUUAGUAAAACUAGUUAAGUUCCAGCGCAUAAUGGCCGCCAAUUAUUCAUCAACAUCGUCUGCCGAGGUUCCAUUGCGAUUUGUGCAAUUCAUUCGUAAAAACGAAUCCAAUAAGCUUUUAGGUGUUUUAUCCAAUGAUGGCGAAACACUUCACCCACUCCCAGAAGGAACCUGCCAAAACGAUAUGAUUAAUUUAAUCAAGCAGGAUACCAAAGUUCUUCUGAAAAAAUUACAAUCACUGCCAUCAGAACAAUUGUGUUCAGACAUUGAACUCUUGCCGCCUGUCACCAAUCCGGAGAAAAUUGUUUGCAUUGGCCUGAACUAUCUGGAUCAUUGUUUGGAGCAACACAAAGCGAAACCAAAAGAGCCAAUGUUUUUUAGUAAGUUUGCCAGCACUCUUAUCGGCCAUGGUGGUAAUGUUAUAGCUCACAACAUUUCCAAUAAAAUCGAUUUCGAAGUGGAGUUAGCAGUAAUCAUUGGCAAGGAAGCGAAAAACGUUUCCAAAGAAAACGCUAUGGAUUAUGUUUUUGGUUAUUCUGUGGCGCAGGAUAUUUCAGCUAGAGACUGGCAAAAAGAACGAAAUGGAGGACAGUUUUUGAUUGGCAAGUCUAUGGAUACAUUCUGCCCACUGGGACCAGCUAUCGUCCACAAAAGCUUAGUGAACGAUCCACAUCACCUUCAGAUGAUAACUCGAAUAAAUGGGAUAGAAAAACAGAAUGGAAACACCAUGGAUAUGAUUUACGAAAUCGAUGACAUUAUUCAUGAAUUAACAAAGAGCAUAACUCUAAAGCCUGGUGAUGUUAUUUUAACUGGAACCCCCGCUGGUGUUGGAAUGUAUAGAAAUCCACCAGAAUAUCUUAAGCCUGGCGAUACGAUUGAGAGUGAAAUUGAAUGUGUAGGAAAACUUUUUAACAAAGUUGUUGCGGAUGAGUGCAUUUAAUUCUUAUCAUCCCAAUUUGUUUUUGUGUACUAUUAAAAUAUGUUAUUAAAUUGAAAUAAAUGUCUAAAUUUCAUGUUUAUAUCGUUAAAUUAA